AACUUCCACCGGGAGAAGAAAAGAAAAUAUAUAUACGCCACCGCUAACUAAACCCCACCUCGAUCCACCUUCCGGCGAAACCAAUUCAUUGCUCGCUUUCGCAAGACUCUUUCUUUCUCCCCUUUCCUCUCCCCCAACCCGUCCGUCGUCGCCUCCGCCCGAGGUAACCGCCAUAGCCACGAGGAAUCAAGAACCUUGCCUGUCGCACGUCGUCCCUGAGGACCGAGAAGAGAUAUGGAGGGCGGCUGCGGCGUGGCCGGCGGGACGGAGGGCGGCAAGAAGCAGCAGCAGCAGGCGCGGCCGCAGUUCGGGCGGUCGCUGACGUACCACCACCACCAGGGGCACCGGCUGCUGCCGCGGUGGCGGCGGCCGCAGCUGGCGGACGAGCCCCGCGCGCGGCCGCAGGCGGUGGUGCUCUACACGACGUCGCUGCGCGGGGUGCGGCGCACCUUCGCGGACUGCUCCGCGGCGCGCGCCAUCCUGCGGGGGUCCCGCGUCGCCGUCGACGAGCGCGACGUGUCCAUGGACGCGGCGCUCCGGCGCGAGCUGCAGGCGCUGCUGGCCGCGCGGGGCCGCGCCUUCUCGCUCCCGCAGCUCUUCAUAGGGGGCCGGCUCGUCGGUGGCGCCGACGAGGUCCGGCAGCUGGACGAGUCCGGCCAGCUCCGGCGCCUCCUCGAGGGCGCCGCGGGGCAGGACCCGGCCUUCGUCUGCGACGCCUGCGGCGGGGUCCGCUUCGUCCCCUGCCCGGCCUGCGCCGGCAGCCGCAAGGUGUUCGACGAGGAGGAGGACCGCGCCCUCCGCUGCGGCGACUGCAACGAGAACGGGCUGGUGCGCUGCGCCAACUGCUCCUCCUGAUCCGUCCCCUCUAAUUGAAUUCAAGGGUUAGAGUUGGUAGGUUCAUCGUCAGUCAGAUCAGAGAGAGGCGCAUUUUCGGUUUCUUGGAGUUCUUGAUUUAUGUAUCCUGAAUCAAUCAAUCAAUCCGAUCGUUUGGGGAUCGGAUUGUUAGCUGCUCAUGGAUGGAAGAGAACGAAUUGUUCUUGGCUCCUUGCUGCGGGAAUCGCCGCCCGGUGGUGGCGGUCGAUGAUGAAUAAGAGCCGGUGCUUGUAUAUGUGUGUAAAAUUUGGUGCUGAUAUUAGCCUGAUUGAUUAAUGUAUAAGGAAGAACUGAUGUAAAUACUUGAGCUUUGCGAGUGCUCAAUUCUUGCCCAGUUCCCUGUUUA